UAACGCUUGCGUCUGCUUUGUACCGCUGCUUGAAAUUCUUCUUUAAUUUCUAUUAUUUUCUUAUGGGACCACGGACAUACUUUGAUAGGACGUUAUACGGGCUAUGGGUGUAGAAAUAACCCACACUUGCCAAGCCCAUACUGUACACACGAUUUUAUCGUCACUCUUGCGCUCUUCCCUAGGAACUAAUAAUACGGUUAGCCGCCGUUGCUGUGGGGAGUGAAUUUGCUGUAGGAACCAAAACAACAGAGGGCGAUGUGCUUCACGGAUAGCGGUCCGUUUGUGGAAAAGGACGCAAAUAAACAGCAUCAGCGAUAAUAAUAUCGCUGAACUGAGUGUUUGUUCGCACAGGAGGACAGUCCGCUGUGCUUCUGUUUUACCAUAAAUAUGUGCUAGAUUUGAUAAGUAGAUGACGAGCUUCCUGCGAAUUUGUCGAAAGUUUAACUACGUUGUCUAGUUAAUCAGCCCAGUUGUUGAGUUGGUUAGCAAACACUCUGCAUUUCAAUUCAUGUCGAUUCGUAGUAGUGGUGCUUAAGAUUUUUUAAAACAGGGUUAAACUUUAAGGACAGAAGUGAACAGCAGCAAGAUCAUGUCUGUGGAGCUGGAUGUGUUUGUGGGGAACACCACCAUCAUGGACGAGGAGGUCUAUCAGUUUUGGUUGGAUGGCUACACUGUGAGUGAUGCGGUGAAGGUGCGGAUGGAGGGUGGCGUGCUGGAGGAGUGUGAAGCCAGCGCCGAGGUCCUGCAGAGCGACACAAUGGACCAGUACCGCACCUUCCAGAUGUGCGAGCGGCUGCUGCAUACCCCCGCCAAGCUGGCCAAUCAGCUGCUGUUUCAGAUCCCUCCCCAUCGGCAGGCCAUGCUCAUCGAGAGGUACUACGCUUUCGACAGUGCAUUUGUGCGGGAGGUCCUUGGGAAGAAGCUGUCUAAAGGAACCAAAAAAGACCUCGAUGAUGUGAGCCUGAAGACUGGAAUCACACUGAAAAGCUGUAGACGUCAGUUUGAUAACUUUAAGCGUGUGUUCAAAGUGGUGGAGGAACUCAAGGGCCCCCUAGUGGAGAACAUUCAGACACAUUUUCUGCUCUCGGACAAGCUAGCCAGGGAUUAUGCAGCCAUUGUGUUCUUUGCAAACAAUCGAUUUGAGACUGGAAAGAGGAAGCUGCAGUACCUGUCCUUCCAGGACUUUGCCUUCUGUGCUGGGCAGCUCAUCAGCAACUGGACUGUAGGAGCAGUAGAUAACAUGGUUGAGGAUAUGGAUGUGGAUCUGGAUAAAGAGUUCCUGCAGGAUCUGAAGGAUCUGAAGAUUUUAAUCACUGACAAAGACCUGCUGGAUCAACACAAGAGUCUAGUGUGUACAGCACUCAGGGGAAAGACAAAAGUCUAUAGUGAGAUGGAGGCCAACUUCAAGAACCUUUCUAGAGGCUUGAUCAACAUUGCUGCAAAGCUGACAAACACAAAAGAUGUCAGAGAUCUGUUCAUUGACCUUGUUGAAAAGUUCAUUGAACCUUGCCGGUCAGACAGGUGGACAGCUGCAGACAUGAAGCUCUUCCUCAUUCACUACACCAAUUCCGCACACAUUCUCGACACGUUCAAGCAUCAGGUGACAUGGGACAGAUACAUGGGCGUCAUCAAAAGCUGCAUCUUGAAGAUGUACCAUGACUAGUUACCCUGUUGUUCACUCUCCUGCAUUUUUCCAAAUCCCUUGCUUAUUUAUUUAACCUGUGAUAACCUAAUCUGCCCGGAUUUGGUUUUAUUUUUAUUUUUAAACUUCUCUUUUCUCUUGUCCCCAUGUCCCUCCACCCACAACUGUUACCACCUCAUUGUGCUCUUUCCUCUCUCCCUCUCGUUUCUCCUAGUUCUUCUGCUCUGUUUCAGUUGUGUGCAUUUGUGUAAAUAUCUGCAUAUGUCUUAGCAGUUCAGAGAUUCCUCUUUGUGUCCUGUAAAUUGUAAUUUAAUCAGAGUAAAGAUUUUGUUUGGCA